GAAUUCACACAAAAUUUCCCGCCGAAUUUCAACCCUCGCGAAUUCAACCAUCCCGCAAACUCCAGCUUUCGGUCAUCCCCCCCAAGCACCGCAACCAUGUCUCACGAAAGCGUCUGGAACUCGCGCCCCCGAAGCUACGGCAAGGGCUCUCGCAGCUGCCGCGUCUGCAAGCACAAGGCUGGUCUUAUCCGCAAGUACGACCUCAACCUCUGCCGUCAGUGCUUCCGUGAGAAGGCCAAGGACAUUGGCUUCAACAAGUACCGAUAA